UGACUAAUGUUGAAUAGAAACACAUCGCCGGAGGUCAUCGGCGUCAAAGCAGCGGAGAACAGCUCGAUGGGAUGGUGCAACACAGCACAGCUGCUCUGAGGGUUAAACGCAACAGAUAAGCAGAUAGACAAGACACAGCUGCUGCUCUACUGACUUACAAACGCUGUUCUGGAUAACCGGAAAGAAUGAACACAAACGACGCGAAGGAUUACCUCUCCAAACGACAGAUCCCACACCUUUUUGAGAGCAUGUUAACAGGGCUGAUGUACCACAGGCCUGAGGACCCUUUGGCAUUCUUGGAGAGUUGCCUGCAGAAAACACGUGACCUCGGCGGUCCUGAAUGUGUGGCCUGGGACACUUUCAUUACACCUGAUCGAAAACCUCUACCACCAAUCACCCCAGCACAGGGGAAGAAAGCCCCCUGCAAACUCGACAGUGGUCCUGGUCCUGGUCCUGGUCCCGGGCCUUACCGUCGAUAUGACAGGCUGCCACCAAUCCAAGCCCAGUUCUCCAUAGAAAGUGACUCAGAUAUGACUGAGUCCUCAGGGCUCAUACAGGAGUAUGAUGUCUUUGACCCAUCUAAACCACGACCGCACAUCAUAUUCAUCAUAGGUGGACCCGGCAGUGGGAAGGGCACUCAGACAACUAAAAUUGCACAUCGCUAUGAUUUCGAGCAUGUGUCCGUAGGGGAAAUUUUAAGGAACCAGUUGCUGCAUCAUGCCCCCAGUGACAGGAAAUGGGAGCUGAUUGCUCAGAUCAUUGCAAAUGGAGAACUGGCACCUCAGGAGACGACUAUUGAAGAGCUGAAACAACAGUUUAUCAAGAAGCAGGAUGCUAAAGGAUUCAUUGUGGAUGGAUUCCCCAGAGAGAUCUCACAGACGUUCACCUUUGAGGAGCAGAUCGGCUCUCCAGACUUGGUGAUCUUGCUUGCCUGCUCUAAUCAGCAACUCCGGCAGCGUUUAGAGAAAAGAGCGUCCCAGCAGGGCCGCCCCGACGACAAUACUCGUGCAAUUGAGAAGAGACUAGAUACUUUCAAACACAAUAUCACACUCAUAGCCAAGUACUACCAGGAGAGAGGACUUAUUGUAAGGGUCGAUGCGGAUCGAGAAGAAGACGAUAUUUUCACAGAUAUUUGUGCCAUUGUAGAGGAAAGAUUGUUCCCUUGUGACACGAAUGCAAGCAGUACUGAGGAUCUUUAGAGGGACGUCUACACAUCCAAACCCACAGUUGCUCCUAUUAAAUCCUAAAUGUAAUUUCAAAAUUUUCCACUAUUUUUCAUCAAUAAUCUCGAGGGUCAGGAUCAGUGAAAAGGGACACUUACACUUAUUUGUUGCCUCUAUUUGUAUUUCACUGUGAAUUUUCUCUGUACGUCUUUUGCAGUAAUGACUUUAAAGCAGAGACCUUUGUUGUUUUGACCUGAUUUUAUUAAUGUACACUACCAGGUCAAGCCAGAAAUAAUGAGUUGUUAAAAAAUGCACCAAAGUAAAAUUCAAUAUCAAUGUCAAAUGCAACAACAUCAACUGUUUUCAAACAAAUUACCUUACCUAUUCCUACAACAAGCAUUAAAAUGGGUUAAAUGAUAACUGAUUAAUACAGUGUUUCUGCUGUUCUGAGGACAUGGUUUCAUCUUACACCACAGUAUGAACGCACUGGAUA